UGGUCAAUCGAGCUGGUACGUCUUCCGGAAUAAACCGGGAAAAAAAAGAAAUCUAGAGAAAACUCAGUCACUUGUGUGAGCUUGUAAGUAAUGGCCCCAAGGAAGCGCAUUUCGAAGAUUGCCUCGCGCACCGUGCCGCCAGUGGUGCAACCGCAGGCGGAUCCCGUGGGUCGCCGUUCCAUUGGCACCCAAACGGACUUCGAUGCCACCGGACCGGCGAAGCGCAAGAAGGUGCAGCCGGCGGGCAGGCCUCUGGGCCCGCAGAUACCGCCGCCCCAGGAGCUGGCCACGCACCUGAUGCCGGCGGUCAAUCCGCAGGCGGAACCCCUGCCCGCCGCCAUCAUGAUGGGCGGUGGCCAGCCGGUUGCAGCCAUCCAACCGUUUGUGCCCGGCCCGAAUGAGAAAUCCUGUCAAGCGCUGAAGGGCGGCGCCGUGGAACCGGCCGACCGGGUGAUCACCCCGAAUGGAGGCGAGCGUCAGAUGAACUACCUGAAGUCCCUGAUGACCAACCGCCGCGAGGAGGCCAACCAGUGGGAUGUGAAGCGCCUGGAGACGCUGCUGGCCAAGAUCAACGGCAAUCCGCCGCCGCGCUGGUACAUGGCCACCCAGAUGUGGCUGGAGGUGGCCCAGCUGGAGGACCGCAUCGACGCCUACGACCGCAUGGAGAUGCUCAACGAGGCGAAGCUGAUGUUGGAGAAGGAGCAGGAGCAGCAGAAGGAGCGGGAGCAGCAGAAGCAGAAGCAGAAGCAGAAGGAGCAGGAGCAGGGCAAGGAGCCGGGCAAGGGAUAAGUCCAGGUGGUCAUCCCCAGAUGAAAUCAUACACUUAUUUUUUGGUUGCGGCUUAUAUUAUCAUCACUUCACACACUCACCCAAAUGUAAUGUAAUGUAAUGUCGCAAUUUCAACACUAUUUGACA